UUAUACUCGCAACACAGAUUUUUACACUUCUUGAGGAAUAUGAAGAGAGGAAGAGAAGAAGUUGUUCUCGCCGGCGCCGGCGACAUCACAACCACCAUGGCCAACUACCUCUUGCUGCUCGCCCGAGGCGGAGGCGACUUUCGGCCCCUGGUGGCAGCCGCCGCCUCGCCCAGCCGCGUCUUCGAGUGCAAGACUUGCAGCAGGCAGUUCCCGUCGUUCCAGGCGCUGGGCGGCCACCGGGCCAGCCACAAGAAGCCCAGGUUGACAGAAGGGGAGAUGAGCUUGAGUUUUCAGAGCUCGCCGCCGCCGCCUCCGAAGCCGAAGAGUCACGAGUGCUCGAUAUGUGGGCUGGAAUUCUCCAUAGGGCAGGCCUUGGGCGGCCACAUGAGGAAGCACAGAGGCUCAGUCGCCGCCUCCGCAGCAAGCGCUGACGACGACGAAGACCGCGGUGCGGGGACCGUUCUGUCGUUGUCUCCGCCGCAAGUGCCGGUGUUGAAGAGAUCGGCGAGUAGUCGGAGAGUGUUCGGGUUGGAUUUGAACUUGACGCCGUUAGAAAACGGUAUGGAUUUUUCGCCGAUGGAGAAGGUAGCUCCCAUGAUUCAUUGUUAUUUGUGAUGAUUCAUGGAAGCUUCAUCAUCAAGAGUUCAUCAGGAGGCUUUUAUUUUAUUUUACUUUUCUUUUCUUUUUUUUUUAAUUUUUGUUUUGGUGGGUUGUAAUUAGAUCGAUCUUGGGUUCUCAUGAUGUUUAUUAAUUUGUUUGUUUAUAUACAAAUAAGAAAUGGUUUAUUACAUA